GAGCGCUCUGCCGCGUCGUGGUGCUUGCCGCUUCCAGCCGAAUGGCCCUUCCAGGGGCGCGGCGUGAUCUACCCGCAACGCGCCCUGCAUGUACAUGGCCCAGCUGUGUGAUGAGACGCAGAAACGGGAAGAGCCGACGGCCUUCGGUGGUCACUGUCC